ACUUUCCUGUAUUGGCAAUUUACAGUAAGGAAACGAAGGUGCCGGUAGCUGAUGCGCAAGUCUUAAAAGUUAAGCAUUGUAUAUGUGGUAAAAUCGAUUAAUUUGGAUGACAGAAUAAAUGUAUAGUUAUUCCUGGAGUAGUAUAAUCUGAGAGGAGGUAAUCAGAUAAGGGAAGGGGAAAAUUGUAGCAUAUUAUCAGGAGAUUGUGCCAGUUUAAUAAUUAUAAAAUAAUCAGUAAAAGGGACACAUUGUAAUAAGUUCUUAGUAAAGAAAGGCAUCGAUCUUCGUUUGCGCUGCUGAUCGCCGUCCAUUGUUUUCAAGAUGUUUUACAGUGAGGACCCUGAUGAAGUUGAGAGCAUAUUUGACUUCUUGUUUCAAAAUGUGAAUCCCUCUGGAGAUGGUUUUGAGAGUGGCUUCAGUCCAGCGGAAGACUUGAGCUUCUUUGAUCAAGACAUGCUGAGUGAUAAAGAGACAGAAGAAUUUCUGAAGUCCAUCUUGGGGCCCUUUGAAGAUGAUCAGAACUUACCAUCUGCAUCUCCUUUUGGCAGCGAUAGUGGAAUUUCUGAAGACCAGAACUUGCCUAGCAGCCCAGCCAACAGUGACUUUGUUUUCUCUCUCAGUCCAGAAUACACUGAAGUAGACAACAGCCCACAGGUGUAUGUUGCUGUUCAGUCUGACCAUAAUUACUCUCUGCAACAAAAUAAAGAGGUGGAGGAGCAGGGGGAUGUUUUAUGCAGUGUGCGAACUGAAACCCCAGAAACUGACGUCUCCAUUGAUGUAGAUACUUGGGAAACGGAGCUUAUGGAAGAAAGCCCUUUCAGUGAUCAAGAUACUGAUGAAGUUGUCACUUUGCCUGAUGAGAAUUCAACACAUUUCACAGGAAUGGGACAGGAUUUAGUACUUACAGAAGAAGAGAAGCGUCUCUUAACCAAAGAAGGAGUAACAUUGCCAACACUGCUCCCCCUGACCAAGUCUGAAGAGCGGAUUUUGAAGAGAGUUCGAAGAAAGAUAAGAAACAAGCAGUCUGCCCAGGAAAGUCGCAAAAAGAAGAAACAGUAUGUUGAUGGUCUGGAGAGCAGGGUGGCUGCAUGUACAGCACAGAACCAGGAACUACAGAAGAAGGUUCAGCAGCUUCAGCAUCAAAAUAUGUCCUUGCUGGAACAGUUACGGAAACUUCAAGCAAUUGUAAAGCAGAUGACUAUGAAAACCACAACCACAAGCACUUGUAUUAUGGUGUUUCUUCUGUCAUUUUGUUUGGUUAUCUUUCCAAGUGUCAACCCCUUUGGUGCCAGAGGCCCUCGGUCUCAGCUUUACAAGCCUGAAGGAGUGCUGUCCAGGAGACUCCGAGAACUCAGUUCUGCUGCUGAUAAUACUGGAAAUAUGUACGGUGAGCCUGUAGCCUAUAACAAUGAAGAACUGCAAACAACAACAUCAGCUGAAGACACGGAAGGGUUUAACCCAGACGUUUUUAAUGCAGUACUAACAGGGGGUCUAAAUCACACACCAGAGGUGCAAGAUGUUGGAAAGGCAGAGUCUGGAUCUUCGAUAAACAGUAAUGUGUCCUCUGAUGUAUCCUUUGCAGGAGAGGCCCAGCUGGCACCUAGCACUGGGUCUGACAGUGACUCACUGGACCCUGUUAAGGGGGCAGUUAAUUACAAAGUUAACGAAGUGGUGAAUGCAGUGAAAAAGCAAGAAUGGACAAAUCACCCCACCACAGUAAUAAUCCCUCAGCACCAUUCAGAUGAAAUGUGAAUAGCGGUGCAUGUGUGGUGCCCUGCAUAAAACUGGUCUCUCUCUACAUACAUACAUAUGUGUGUGUGUGUGUGUGUAUAUAUAAGGAAGAAGUAGCCACAGUUCAACAUGAAGAUAAACUUUCGUAGACCAUUAUGAUCUUGCACUAUUACUGAAUAACAUUAUUUUAUGUUAUGUACUUAAAUAUUGUGUCAGCCUGCAGUCACAUUUAGUGUCAAGAGUUUGUUACUCUUGAAAAUGGUGUGCCCUACCCUUUUCCUGUGGAAGUUAGUGCGCAUGUUUUUGGUUAUUUCACCCACUAAAAGAAGAAACUGGUCCAAGAAAAAUAGCUUAUAAAAAUGUUAUUUACAUGUAUAUACUUUCUACUUAUCUCUGCAUAAUAAGUGACAACGUGACUGUACCACAGGACACUUUUUUUCACUUCUCAGAACAUGACACCAUUAACCAUAAUCACUUCUAGUAAGAGGCAAUGCAAAUGCACUGGUUUACCUCAUAUUUGUAAAUGUUUUGUUUGUGUUUUAACUGAUUUUUUUUUAUGAAUGAGACUUCUAAAAAUGUGUAAUAAUGAUCUUUGGAAAUUAGAUGAUGAUGAGGGGCUUCGCAGGACAGAUGACUGGUUAAAAUGUCAGGCAAACAUAUCUGUAGGGUUUGCCUUAGAAUUGUAGAAUUAGUAGUUUGUGUGGCUUUUCUUAUUUUUUGUAUCAUGCCACACUCCUGUUUCUGUAAUAUUUCUGGCAUUUUAUUGCAGUAAUGUCAAAUACAUUAAAUAAGCUUGGCUAAUAUGAUUUAGCAACCACAGAUUGCAGACAGAUUUUUUUUUUAUAUUUUUUAGAGCCCUUGACCUUUGUAGCCUCCAGAAAGAAGGGUGACGUCACCUUUGUGUACAUCUCACAUGUAAUGAAAAGGAUGCUUUAUCAAUUUUUAGGAGUGCGGUUCAUGGGAUAGGAUUAAUAUUUGGAGUCCUCAAAUGUAGUUCUUUUAUACAUUUUCAGCAUAUAAUAAAUUUCAGAAGUACCUUCUUAAAAGUAGUCAGACUGAAACCUACUAAUUUGUCAAUGAAAUGUCAUUGUUUAAUAUAAUAGUAUAAAACAUUGCUAUUAGUUGCGUAGCUUUUACAUGUUGUCACAAGGUUACUGAAGUUUUAUUUUUGUAGCACCUGCAAGUGUAGUCAUGAAAACCCAUGAUUUUGUUUCUACCCUUCUAAAGUAUCAGGCUGCUGGAGUGAACAUGCAUAAGCUACCUGUUCUCAGAAAUUAUCACUUUAUCCACUUAUAUGUGUCAGUCUCAGGGCAUUAUGUUGUAUUCACUCCAUAGUGGGUGCAGAGUGAUACACCUUCAGUCUGGGAAGAACAUGAGCCCAAUGGUCACUGCACACUUGCAGCUUUACUCCAUCUUGACCCUAGCGACCAACAUGCAAACAAUACCAUUGCGAUAGGAGCACAGUCGUUUUUAUUUCAAAACAUAAUAUUGAAACUCUCAUUGCAGAGUAUUUUCUAUAGCUUUACAAUAUUUAAUCCCAGUUAAUGAUACUCAUAGAAUGGAUUUAUUUCAGAUUCCUAUGUGUUCGAUAAAACGGGCAAAUUUCCAGCAUGUCACCAUUUCUUCCAAGGUAACAAAUCCCAGACUGCAUAGAUUUGCUUUACAUAAGUAUAUUAUACUAGUAUACUUUUCACAAUUUUUAAGUUAAGUGUCUGUGUAUAUUACUUAUGAUUGUAAAAUUAGCUGUUUGGGAAUGUGGCAUUUCCACCCACAUAAGUCAGU